GUUUUUGUGUUUAGCCUCUGUGACACUGCUCACUCUUGUAAUUGUGAUUCUGUGCACAACUGGUGAUUGUGACAACAGCUACAGAAGCMUUAAACUCAACAUCAGUCUCCUCUUUAAAGAAUCCACGAGUUGUUUUCUGAACCGAUUAACUUGAAUAAGUCUUAAAGGUCAUGGGAGGCGCAUUUCCUCCUGCUGACUCUCCGUGGUAGAAUCCAGUUUGGGUGUGCUGCUGCUGCUGAUGCUCCAGCAGGUGAUGCAGAAUGGCCUUGCACUUAAAAACAUAUUUAAAUGACGUAAUGUCAUGUGAAUGUAGCUUGUAAUGCAACGCAUUGCAGAAAUGAAAAACUCUGAACAAUACCUUUGAAACAAUACAAACUCAUUUUAACUUGACAUUAUGUAGUGCUCACAGCAGAUCAAAGAGGAGACAGUGACUGAUUUUCAGACCUUUGUGAAGGUAGACGAGAAGCUGAUCUUUUCCAUCGAUCUUAUCUAAGUAUCGACCGAUCGCUGAUAUCCCAAAUUUAAGGAAAUUGGUGCACCCCUACUAGUCCUUUUAAUUUUCAUGACACAMCUACAGCAUUUCCUCAUUUGGACAUGAAUCACUGAUGAAAAUAAAGAUUUUAAAAAAAUCCUUUUACAUAGAUGAUGAAAUCUCCUUUUGGUUUUCCUCAGGGCCAUGCCAGAAAAACCUGUGUGGAAUCUUUCAUGGCAGUGGUGUCCAGGAGGACCUGCUGUCCUGUGAAUGUUGCAGAUGUCUGGAAUACAGGCCGGCUGCCUUGAGGARCAGCUUCUGUGAAUUUUGCCACCACCAGUUUACUGAGAAGUUGUUCAGAUCAUUGCUGGAGUGGCUGAAGAUCACAGGACUUCAGCAGGAGAUGCGUACACUCCUUGGUGACUUGGUGUGCUUUGUACUGAUCACUCCUCUGGCUACCAUCUCUGGCUGGCUCUGCCUUCACCGUGCUGUGGACCAUCUUUACUUCUCCAGUCAGCUGGAGGCAGUGGGCCUGAUCACUUUGGCUGUUACCCCCUUCACCACUUACUUCUUCUGGGUUCUGGGUAGCUGGGCUUUCCCUUGGAGAGGGUGAGAAGUUCAGUUAUCUGAGAGACUCAGAGUAGAGCCACUGCUCCUCCACAUCAAGAGGAGCCAGUU